AUGCCCUCCCCUGAACUGGCUGGUGGCUUCAACUCCUUAGACCAGUCUUCCGUUGGUUCUCAGUCGGGCAUGCAAAACGGUUCCGGCGCGUCUGACAUGGGACCAGGAGGUGUAGACUCUCUGGAUAACGGCACGACCCAGCCCAUUAACGGACCUUCAUCGAAUUUCAUUUCCGAAGGAAAGCAGAACGCACAAGCUAAGAUGGUGGUAUCGGGAGGAGAGUCUGCGAAUGAGCCUAAUGGCACCCACCAGUCGAACGGUACAAAUGGCUCUGCGCAAAGUAGGAAACGGUCGCGCGAUGGAUCCGUCAUUCAAUCUAGCGACAUUUCUGGGACACUGACCGUUCGGACGCGUGAGACGCCCGUCGACAAGAUUCUGCUCGAUCAAUAUGUCAAUCGCGAAUUUCAAUACUCCGCGGCCGUCGCCUGGGAGAAUCCAGCUCAAGAGUUACAGCAACAGAAGCGAUCAGAGCGAGACUUCUAUCUGGCCGUGCGUCGCGAAACUCAAGGCAACCCAGCUGCUUUAUUUGGAGUGGGAUACGAAGGAUUUGGAAACCCGCGAAGCGACCUUCGGAAUCAACCUCCCCAACUAUUGUACCCGGCUCAUAGACGUCGGCCUGGGAACCGCAAAACUCGAGAACUACGAGUUUCAAGGCGGGAUAUGAAGAUUCAAAACGAGCAGAUUGAAGAUCUCGUACCUAUCCGCCUUGACAUUGAUUGGGAAAAGAUCAAGAUUCGAGAUACUUUCACUUGGAAUCUCCAUGACCGCGUCGUGUCGCCGGAUUUGUUUGCUGAGAAAUUGGUGGAGGAUCUGGGACUUUCCUUGGAAACGUCCGCUCCGUUGAUGCGUAUGAUUUCGCAGAGCAUUCAGGAGCAGAUUAUGGACUAUUAUCCCCAGAUCUACAUGCAAGAAGAGCCUCUUGACCCCCAGCAACCAUACACAGCGCAUCGGAACGAUGAGAUGCGUAUCCUGAUCAAACUGAAUAUCACUAUCGGCCAACACACGCUCAUCGACCAAUUCGAGUGGGACAUCAACGACCCGCAAAAUUCACCAGAGGAAUUCGCCUUGCGCUUGACGGACGAUCUGUCGCUGUCGGGAGAAUUUACUACGGCCAUUGCCCACUCCAUACGCGAGCAAUCUCAAUUGUUCACCAAGUCCCUCUACAUUGUCAGCCACCCCUUCGAUGGCCGCCCCAUCGAGGACCCCGACCUCAGCACAUCCUUCCUCCCAACUCCCGUGGCUUCUGCAUUCCGCCCCUUCCAGGCAGCCAAGGAGCACACACCAUACCUCUACGAACUGAACGAGGCCGACCUCGAGCGCACCGAAAUCUCGAUUUCGCGAGAGCAACGCCGCCAGAAGCGAUCUAUCAACCGUCGUGGUGGCCCAGCUCUACCAGACCUCAAAGACCGGCAACGUACUAUUCGUACCCUCAUUGUUUCCUCUGUUAUUCCCAACUCCGCACAAUCGUUCGAAGAGAGCAACGUUAUCAAGCGUUCCGGCUCUAGCCGCCGUCGUGGAUUGGCCGGAACCCGUGGUGACGACGAGUCUGAUGACUUUGAAAGUGACGACUCGGACGAAGGCUCACCGGCCAUCGGGCCCCAUCUUUCACAAGGCACUGCUCGCACAAGAGGUAUGAGAGGCGCGGCCACAGCGGCCCACGCAGCCCUGCGCGCUAGCUUGGGGCAGUCGGCCACACCCGAACCCAUCAUGCAGGAGCCCACCCGAGCAUCUUCACGGCGUCAACAACAACUGCGAGAAGAAAGUUUGGAAGAGCCUGACAAACUGGUCGUGAAGCUCAAGAUUCCACGAGAUAAAUUGGCAGAUCUCCGAAGCGGAAAACGGAUUUUCGACCCGUCCACGCAGGCUGGCGCCAUGGCACCUCCCUCCGACAAACAGAACCGACAUCAUCAUCCCCCACGACCCCAGCAGACCGGAGCCGUCGACGCACCGAACCCGCCCCAGCAGGGGGUCCCAGGACCCCCUCCACCUAGCUGGCUUCAGGCUGGCCUGACCAAGCUUAAGCAAUCCCAUCCUAAUGACUCAUUUGAAGGGGUGAUGCGUUAUUCCGCUGUGGAUACAGAGACUCUUGCGCCUGUCUCCAACCCAACCAACCUGCAAGCUGGCCAGAAGAUCAAAUAUCAAUAUUUGCCCCGUAUUCGCUGUCAUGACUGCCCUGGAAAGCUCUACACCCCCGGCCCCGGCAUGACGGUGGACAACUUUGAAGUUCACCUGCGCAACCGCCAACACAAGGAACGUGUCGAAGAACGAAUCAACAAAACUGGCAGUCUACCGGUCACCCCUGACAUGGGUGGCAGCGCCGGUGCUAGCCCAGCGCCGGGAGCAGCGACCUCUGCCUGUGCCAGUCCGGCCUUGGGUGCUUCUCCUUCUCAUGCUACAGGGCCACAGCCAUAA